GUAAGUUUUCAAGCCAAUAUGGCGGGAGUAGAAGAUAUCGAAAAUGACGAUAAAGAUCGUCUAUUACCUGACUUAUCAGCGAUUGACAAGAAACAAGGAAAUCAGGAAAGCAAACUUAUGACUUAUAUUCAAUGCUACUUUGUGACAAUAGCAGCAACACUUGGCACUGGCAUCCUAGGUCUUCCUGUCAAACUUGCUAACUCUGGCUUCACACCUUUUGUUGUUGUGUUUGUCCUUGGAUUCUUUGCUCAGGUACUUGUAGUCUACUAUUUUGUUGAGAUUCUCCAAAAAGCAUUUGUAAUAAGGCAAGAUAAAUCAAGAAAAGAUUCGAUGCUGUCAUCUUGUGAAGGCGAACCAUUGAAUGUUGUCACAGAAGAUUUAGACUCAACUGAUGAACAAGACAAAGAAGUAGAGAUWAACCGACCAGGUAGUAUACAUGUAACAUACAAUGUCAGUGAAGACAUCACUUCUCUUAAGUAUUAUCCCAGCUUGCAUUCUUUAGCUGAACUUUUCCUUGGASCAGGCCUUCAGCAGAUCUUUGAUUUGGCAAUUGUAUUAGUGYUUUUGAGAAGUAAUAGUAUUUCUGGGAUAGUUACAUACAUAAUAACAUUAUAUAUUCUAUUGUUUUUCAGUGUUUCAUGUUUGAUAAGUUACUCUCUGGCAGGUAGUCAAGCAUUUGCACAACUGGGWCAUUUUGAAUUGCUGUAUGUAAUUCCUGUUUUUACAUGGAUCUGUUCCUUUAUUGUCAUAUUCCUUGAARGCUGUGUGACUCCUUUUGUUUCUUUACUGACGUUUUGCAAAGGAAGUCUUUUUACUGCUUGUAUACUGGCAGCAAUGUAUGUAGGAUAUUAUGUGAGACAAGAGAUAAAUGAAGACUUCUUUUCAGCUGGYGAACCAUUUCUUUUAGGGACUGUAGCAAUAGGUGGUAUAAUGAACAUAAUGCCUAUGGUAUUUACUAAAAUUCGUCUCCAGGCAUUUGAGAUUGUACGAUUUCGACUUGCAAUCAAUACUGGUUUGGCUACCUGCAUGAUACUGAAUAUCUUUUGGUGCUAUGCUGUAUUGGAAGUGGUCCCCCAAAAAGAAUGUGAAAUUAAUUCAUUGUCAACUCUCCUUUCAUCAAAUAWCACAUCAAAGUUUUCUUUGUCAAGCCAGCAACGAUCUUGUUCCAGAAAUGGCUCAUUGCAGUGGGCUGAAGCAAAUGGUAAAAUAUCAACAAUACCAUUGACCGAGAUUCUGCACACAAAGUACACAGAAUUUACUUGGAUUGCUCUUCUUAUUCAAAUAUUUGUAAUGAUCAGCAUAACUGUAUCUUUUCUAACUCUUGGUGCAGCACUCAGACAUAUGUUGGAAGGAUGGUUUGAUUCCUUCUUUACUGACAAGAAAUGGAACCAUAGUAAGGAGAAAAGUUGUUGUAAUUGCAACCGUAAGAGGUUUAUCAAAACAUUAGGAUUGUUAAUUGUGUUUGGUUUUGUAUUCACUGUUGCUAUGUUUAACCCUAAGGCAUUUAUCRUUGUCAUGGAGAAAGUGACGUCAUUAAUCAUCAACCUCGAGACAUUGAUAGUUGUCACCAUUAUGCUUCAUAGAGCACAUGCUCACAAAUAUAGGCAUCUUGGAAUACCUGUUMGAAUAUCAAGAAUACUUCAACUACUAUCAUAUCCUGUGGCUGUUUACUUUCUUGUUGCUAUUGGUUACGACGUCUAUGAGGUCAUCCUUCAUGCUCUACACCAUCACUCAAUACUCACRCCUCCCCCUAUUCAAGAUAUUCACAAUACAACAAGACAAAAUCAACCUGUAUUUCAAAUGCUAAACCACAGUAGACGAUGGAGGGUUUAUAACUCCUUGAGUAAUGUUACAGGACGUUAACCCCGGUAAAAUYGGUCAAGAUUAGA